AAGAAGCAAUUAUUACUUCAUUUGUCAGAAAAAGGUUAAGCAAUUUAUUUCUGUCAAGGGUUCUCUGCAAGUUCCAAAAAUGGCGCGAUAUUUCAAUGUCGAUCGAAGCAACACCUGCAUGGAAAGGUUUCUCGAGUUCCCUUCUGGAAAAAUGGUCAGUCCGCCUAAACUGCCCACAGCUCAGCUUCAACGUAACAGAACUGCCUCUGCAAUGGUAGCGCUGCCCAGUAUCUUAGACCAGCAGUCGCAGCCCACGUUGACUCGAGAUGAAGACAUGAACACAAAACAGUUCAGCACCAUUCAAAACCCUACUGGACGACCUCAUGUGACCCCCGAGAUUCUUCCGACGAGACCCCCUUUCCUCCCUCGGGGACGGGGAGAAAGUUUGAGUGUUUGGGGGCGCAUGAACGAGAGAGCGGGAAUGCGGGGGGACUGGAAAGUGGAUGUGAGUGGAAGGGACAGUCGCAGCCCCCCUCCCCCUCAGAAGACGAUGAACCCUUGGGGCUAUGAAGAGACCAAGGAUGAUUUGAGACAGUCUAUUUGGGCCGGUAGAACACCGAAUAAUGCGAACUCGUUUGCGGAUAUGUUGGCCCAUUCACCCGACAACGGACGAAAUGUGCAUCCGCCGACGCCCAUUGCUAGACCGCCUGCCAGCCGCCAAAUAAGCCCUUCGCUGAGUGUCGAUGACGAGUUCUUGUCUCUCGGAUCGUUCGAAGCAUCUGGCUACUACUCGAACCAAUCGAGUCUCUUCGAUUUCAAACAAUUUACGCAGGGGUUGCAACUCAGCGUCAAAACCGGCUCCGACAUCUUCGCUCGUGAACAAUCUUCCUCCUCAUCGGCCGAGAAUUCUGACGAGAACUUCAGUGAGAGAUACUUCUCGCCUUUUACCGACUACUUCUCGGGAAUUUCGAAUUCCCCUGACAGCUCGCUUCCCGUGGAGCCACCCGCAGCUCAAUUUGGACUGGACCUCGGCAGCAAUCCGAGUACUUGCAGCCGAGAAGCUACAAAUGCUGAGAGUUUGAGAUGGUCGGAAGAUUCGGACGAAGGUCGACAAAGCCAGCUUUCGACAAAUACAGGCGAGUAUAUCGUGAACCACAAAAAGUUCAAGACUAAAUUGUGUCGAAGCGUAACUUCUGGGAUCAUUUGUGGCUACGAGGAUCGAUGUCAGUUUGCGCAUAGCAUUGCGGAGCUUCGACCCUCCAAGUAUCCGAUAAAUUAUAAGUCCAUAAAUUGCCGACAAUUUCACACCACUGGGAAAUGUCUUCACGCUGGGAGGUGCACUUUCAUUCACAACUUGAACGAGAUUGAACAACAGAUGAUUCUGGAAUUCAAGCAGCUGAAAGGAUUCGACGAGUUUCUCAUGAACCUGUGAUUAUUAUAUGAAAGUUGUUAACCAAAUGCCUUAACAAAAAACUGAAACCAUAGUUGAACUAUGACCAUUUAA